CUUCAGAACGGAGGAGAGGGAGGAGGAGCUUGGCUUGUCUGGCCUCAGCACCAGAGCUGAGGAAGCAUGCGGCUCCCUCUGGGAACCUUGCUCCCUUCUCUCUGGGAAGGAGCCCCCCUACACACCCUCCUCCUCUUUGCCAUCCUCCUGAUCCUGGCAUACUAUCUGCAGAGGAGGGGGCAGCAUCUAAACUAUCCCCCGAGCCCUCCUGGGCUGCCCAUAGUGGGCAACCUCUUCCAGAUGGACUUUAAGACUCCUCACAUCACCGUACAGAAGUUUGCCAGGAAAUAUGGAAAUAUUUUCUGUACACAUGUGGGUGGCUUUACCUUUAUGUUUGUAAGUGGAUUACCAAUGAUCAAGGAGGUCCUCGUCAAUCAAGACCAGGUGUUUAUCGAUCGCCCCAGCAUUCCUACCCAAUCCUAUGUCUUUCAAUCACCUGGUUUAGUCAUGUCUAAUGGAGAUCAGUGGAGACAGCAAAGAAGAUUUGCCUUAAUGACCCUAAGGAACUUUGGUUUGGGAAAGAAGACCCUGGAAGAUCGGAUCCGGGAGGAGGCCAGGUAUCUCAUUGAGGCUAUCAGGGAAGAAAAAGGAAAACCCUUUGAUCCCCACUUUCAGAUCAACAAUGCUGUUUCUAAUAUCAUCUGCUCCAUCACUUUUGGGCACCGCUUUGAGUACCAUGAUUCCCAGUUUCAGGACCUGCUGAAGAGUUUGGAUGACACCACAGUGCUUCAAGGCACCUGGGAGUGUCAGCUGUUCAAUAUAUUUCCUCGUAUAAUGAAAUUCCUGCCAGGAUCUCACCAGAAGCUCUUUGAAGAAUGGAAGAAGCUAGAGUCUUUUGUGGAAUGUGUGAUCAAACAACACAAGGAAGAUUUUAAUCCAGAGGAGACCCGGGACUUCAUUGAUGCUUACCUGCAGGAGCUGUCCAAGGAUACCGUCCCUUCAAGCUUUAAUGAAAAAAGUUUAGUCAGCUGCACCCUGGACCUCUUCUUGGCUGGAACAGAAACAACUUCAACCACUCUACGGUGGGCACUGCUGUAUAUGGCCCUUUAUCCUGACAUUCAAGGAAAAAUACAAGCUGAGAUUGACAGGGUGAUUGGCCAAUCCCGGCAGCCCAUGAUGGCUGAUAAGGAGAAGAUGCCCUACACUAAUGCAGCUAUUCAUGAAGUUCAGAGAAUGGGCAAUAUUAUUCCUUUCAACGUGCCCAGGAUGGCUGCAAUUGAUACCAAAGUGGCAGGUUACCAUGUGCCAAAGGGGACCAUACUGAUGACCAACUUGACUGCCUUGCACAAGGACCCCGAGGAGUGGGAUACCCCAGAAACCUUCAACCCGGAACAUUUUCUGGAGAAUGGUCAAUUUAAGAAGAGAGAAUCCUUUCUGCCGUUCUCAAUAGGAAAGAGGGUCUGCCUGGGAGAACAGCUGGCUCGAGCUGAGCUUUUCCUUUUCUUCACUUGUCUGCUCCAGAAUUUCACUUUCCAGGCUCCCCCAGACACCCAGCUAAGCCUGGACUUCCGAAUGGGGAUAACCAUCUCUCCUAUCCCCUACCAAAUCUGUGCCCUUCCUCGAGUGAUGUAGACCAAUCUAGGCCUCUGGGGCGGUCCUCAAGGUGGAACAGGGAAGGACCUGGAACCAUCCUCAUCUUCUAUGGUCAGUCACCCUGCCCUUUGGAGAUUGGUGGGGAAAAGGAGAGAAAUCUAGCAGGGGAGAAGAGGAAAGAGAGACAAACAGAGGGUCGCUGUAGCCCAAGUGGAAGCUUCCCACUCAGAAAAAGGAGAGACAUUAAUGCCAUCAAAAGGAAAGCACAAAGAGUCUUUACUGGACUUAGAGUCCAAGGACCUGGCUUCAAAUUCCAUCCCUGACAUUUACUAGCUGGGAGACCUUGGGCAAGUCACCUAAACCUCUGCCUCAGUUUUCUUAUCUAAAGUGAGGAGAAAGGGCAUCUCUAAGGUCCCUCCAGCUCUCAAUCUAAUAUCCUGUGAUGCUAUGGACAAAGGACCAACACCUUUCCUCCCCUGCCUCAAGCACUGGAGCCAGAGGGUUUUUUGUUCUGUUUUCCUUUGCUUGAUUAUUUUUUCUCUCCUGCUUUUAUAACUCCUACAAUGGGUAUGAUUUUAGGGGAGGGUUCAGAGAGUUUCCAUGAGUUACAGGAAGCUUCCAUAGGUUGAUGAGGGUGACCAGUAGAGAUCUUAAAGAUUAUAAACCCCUUGUGGGCAGGGACUGUUUUCUUUAUGUCUUUGGACAUCAAGUCAACAGCCCAGUGCAUGGCAUGUAAUAGGAACCUAAUAAAAACUUGCUGAUUGUUUCAUCUCUGAA